UGUGUUUAAUUAUUUGUUCACGUCUGGGCACCGAUGAAGAUGGCGGUUUCUGCAAACGGCUCGAGUUUUGCCAUCGAGUCCUUGCUGUCUCACAGAGUGGUUAGCUCACUGCCUGACAGAGUUGACAGCGCCAACGGACAAUGCCAGUCCCCGUCCCCGGCGGCCCUCAGCCCCGUUUCGGAUCUGGACUCGGAGUGCUCGUCGCCUCCUUCGCCUCGCAGGGACUCUGUUGAGGAGGCUGUCCAGAGACUGCCCCACGCGGUCAGCCUGGCGGCUCCCCUGUCUCACAUCUCCCAGCCGAGGACAGUGACUUCCUCCUUUCUCAUCCGAGACAUCCUGUCCGACUGCAAACCUCUCGCCACCUGCGCGCCCUAUUCCAGCGAAGCACAGCAAACACACGAGGAUGACUUUCUGGAUAAAAGCCAUGACUCCUCUUCAGACUGCGAAGAUAACGGGAGGGAUGAAACAGACCGGGACAUCUCGAGUAGUCGCGACAUGCCCUCGGCGCGCAUGAAGAAGCCCCGGAAAGCGCGCACGGCCUUCACCGACCACCAGCUCGCGCAGCUGGAGAGGAGCUUCGAGCGCCAGAAGUACCUGAGUGUGCAGGACCGGAUGGAGCUCGCUGCCUCGCUGAGUUUGACAGACACACAAGUUAAGACCUGGUACCAGAACCGCAGGACAAAGUGGAAGCGGCAGACUGCAGUUGGCCUGGAGUUGCUGGCUGAGGCGGGAAACUAUUCUGCUCUACAGCGGAUGUUCCCAAAUCCAUAUUUCUACCACCAGGGCCUCGUCACAACCCUAGACCCCGGCGCAGGCAUGUACCUGUACCGGCCUCCACCGUCGGCACAACCACCCCCGCCCCUACAACGCGCCCUGGUUCCGAGACUGUCCCUUCUCCAUGAGCUUCAAGGCGGCGAGGCUCCGCCACCUCCUCCGCACCUCAGCCCCCUGACUGCGGGCCUGCCACGACCGACUCCACAGCGCUGAACAGGCUAGAACAAAUCUAGCCUACUGCACGGCCCAGUCAGCUGUGUUGUCGGGGAGAGGACAUAGAUGAAUCCCGUUCCCUCCUUAACGCCUCUCAGGACAGACUCUUUUUUUCGCUGUUUGUGCUCUUCAUGCAGGAGUCAGAAGAACGCCACGGACUUGAAACAAAUGUUGUACAUGA